CGGUGGUUGGUAUGGCCCGGCCAAGUCACGCGCCCCGGGGUUCGGCGCCGGGGCUGCCGGAGCUGAGGGGUCUGCGGAAAGUAUCAGGUCUUGGGAUAUGACUGACAUUGCCAUGGCUGACUCAUGUGUACAGACUUGGCAUUCUCUGUGUUUCUGCUAAGUAUAAGGCUUCUGCUGAUCUCUAAGGCACCAUGAAUGCCAUCGUUGCCCUCUGUCACUUCUGUGAGCUCCAUGGCCCCCGCACUCUGUUUUGCACGGAAGUUCUACACGCCCCUCUACCCCAGGGGGCUGCGAAUGGGGACAGCCCAGGCCAAGGGGAACAAGCUGAGGAGGAAGAGGGCGGCAUCCAGAUGAGCAGCCGGGUCCGUGCCCACAGCCCAGCUGAGGGGGCCAGCGCGGAGUCCAGCAGCCCAGGGCCCAAAAAGUCAGACAUGUGUGAGGGUUGCCGGUCACUUGCUGUUGGGCACCCAGGCUAUAUCAGCCAUGAUAAAGAGACCUCCAUUAAGUACGUUAGUCACCAACACCCAAACCACCCCCAGCUCUUCAGCAUUGUCCGCCAGGCCUGUGUGCGGAGCCUGAGCUGUGAGGUAUGCCCUGGCCGAGAAGGUCCCAUUUUCUUUGGGGACGAGCAGCAUGGUUUUGUGUUCAGCCACACCUUCUUCAUUAAGGACAGCCUGGCCAGGGGCUUCCAGCGCUGGUACAGCAUCAUCGCCAUCAUGAUGGACCGGAUUUACCUCAUCAACUCCUGGCCCUUCCUGCUGGGGAAGAUCCGUGGGAUCAUUGAUGAGCUCCAGGGCAAGGCUCUCAAGGUGUUUGAGGCGGAGCAGUUUGGAUGCCCGCAGCGAGCCCAGAGGAUGAACACAGCAUUUACACCCUUCCUGCAUCAGCGGAACGGCAAUGCUGCCCGCUCGCUGACUUCCUUGACCAGCGAUGACAACCUGUGGGCCUGUCUUCACACGUCCUUUGCCUGGCUCCUGAAAGCAUGUGGCAGCCGGCUGACUGAGAAGCUCCUGGAGGGUGCACCAACAGAGGACACCUUGGUUCAGAUGGAGAAGCUUGCUGACUUAGAAGAGGAGUCGGAAGGCUGGGACAACUCUGGGGCCGAGGAGGAGGAGAAAGGCCCUGUGCUGCCAGAGGGCACCGAGGGCCGGGAGCUAGCCAAGUGCCCCACCGGUGCCUCCUCACUCUCAGACUGCGGGAACUGGCAGUCCCGAAAGCUGUCAGUGUUCAAGUCUCUUCGGCACAUGAGACAGGUCCUGGGUGCCCCCUAUUUCCGCAUGUUGGCCUGGCACGUCCUCAUGGGGAACCAGGUGAUCUGGAAAAGCAGAGACGUGGACUUGGUCCAGUCAGCGUUCGAAGUACUUCGGACCAUGCUGCCCGUGGGCUGUGUCCGCAUCAUCCCGUACAGCAGCCAAUACGAGGAAGCCUACCGGUGCAACUUCCUGGGGCUCAGCCCACAUGUCCAGAUCCCUGCCCAUGUGCUGGCUUCAGAGUUCGUGGUCAUCGUGGAGGUGCACACAGCCACGCGUUCCAUGCUCCACCCAGUAGGGUGUGAGGACGACCAGUCCCUCAGCAAGUACGAGUUCGUGGUGACCAGUGGGAGCCCCGUGGCUGCCGACCGAGUCGGCCCCACCAUCCUGAACAAGAUUGAAGCAGCUCUGACCAACCAGAACCUUUCUGUGGACGUGGUGGACCAGUGCCUCGUCUGCCUCAAGGAGGAAUGGAUGAACAAAGUUAAGGUCCUCUUUAAAUUCACCAAGGUGGACAGUCGCCCCAAGGAGGACACACAGAAGCUCCUGAGUGUCCUUGGUGCCUCCGAGGAAGACAACGUCAAGCUGCUGAAGUUCUGGAUGACAGGCUUGAGCAAGACAUACAAGUCACACCUCAUGUCCACAGUCCGCAGCCCCACGGCCUCAGAGUCCCGUAACUGACCUCGUGGGAGUGGAUCUCCAUGUGCUCCUUCUGGAAUAUGGUGGUGCCUGUGCGUGGAUCGACCUCCAGCUCUCGAGAGGAGGGACUGCGCUGAGUUUCUAGAUGCUGUGGUGGAGCGUGGGGAAUGCGGGGCCCUGCCCUCUGUCUGGGCCCCUCCCACAGCUGUCGUCUCCCCUGAGGAAGGCAGUGGAGACGUGUGGACCACUGGCCUUCUAUACUGUGCGCCCACAAGGGACGCUGUCAGGAGGACUCGCUCCUCGUGCCUCUGGAUGACGGAGGUCUCAGGCUGGCAGGAGGAACUUGGUGGGCCGGGCCAGCUCUGGCAAUCAGCUGCCAUAGGUGUCCUCCCUGGGGUCAGCAGCGCACCUUUCCAUCUUGACAUGCGGCAGCCGUCCCUGGGACCUGUGUGUGAGCCGUGUUCUGCUCCAUUUGGGAACAGUCUGCGGUCAGUUUGAGCCAGAGCCCUGGACGCGCUUUAGGAGUGGAGGACACCUUCCUCAUCUCUGAUCCGCUGGGGUUUGUGUUCUGGGGUUGUCCCUGCUCCUCUAUGGGCUCGUUUUCCCCUGCGGCCGCCUGUGGGGAUGACUGUCCAGACGUGAGGCUCUGUGAAGUGUCUCAUCGCAGUCGACUGGCUCAGCCCACUGGGAUGGUGAGACCCGCCUCGGCUUUAUUCUGCGUCACUUUCCCUUGUCACUGCUUUCAACUCGUGCACGUGGCUGCAGGUGACGGUUUCCGGAGUCUACGGCAGCUUCAUGUCCCACCGUAGUGUUUUCAGGGGAUCCGUAGGUUGGAAGGACUUUAUGGCAGUUUUCCUGAUCUGUUUAUAAUGUUUUGUGUUCAUUUAAUUUAUAUUUAACUUGAAGACUUAAGUUUAUUGGACUAGGUCUCUGCAUGAGGCCACAACAUUGAAACACAAUAAAUAAUGUAUUUUUGUAAA